GAACAUAUUCCUGUUCAAUUCUUAUUGGUGGCAUGAAACUCAAAUAAAUGCCUUGACGGUUUUAAGCUUCGGAAGCUCAAGAUCUAUCGAUUAUUAAAUUUAUCGAAACACUACUAUUCCAAGAGAUAUUAGCAAACAAUGUCCAAGAUUAUAGAAAUACCUGUACACACGCAAAAACUGCUGACAUUGUUUCGGACAGUAAUUCCAAAGCUCAGCAAUGGAAAGCACAAAGGCCAAUAUGGACGAAUCGGUGUUGUCGGAGGUUGCCUUGAGUACACUGGAGCUCCGUACUUUGCUGCGUUGAGUGCCAUGAAAGUGGGAGCAGACUUGUCACAUGUAUUUUGUCACCGCGAUGCAGCGCCUGUUAUCAAGUCAUACAGCCCCGAACUGAUAGUUCAUCCAGUGCUGGACCGAGACGAUGCUGUGGAAGAAAUAAGGCCAUGGCUAGAGCGCUUACAUGUUGUUGUAAUUGGCCCAGGAUUGGGACGAGCACCGCUUAUGCUGAAGACUGCCACGGCUCUUAUAAACUUGUGCCUGGAAGUCGGAAAGCCCCUUGUAAUUGAUGCCGAUGGCCUAUUCAUAUUAAACAAUAAUUUAGAUUUGGUUUGUGGAAAACGCAACGUUAUAUUGACUCCAAACGCGAUGGAGUUUAGUAGAUUAUUCAGCGAUGAUGCUGCAGUUAUACGUAAGAAGAUGUGCCUUUUGGGGGAUGGGGUUGUCGUAUUGGAAAAAGGCGCCAACGAUAAGAUCCAUAUCCCACACACAAACGAGGUGUAUGCGAUGCCAAUUGGUGGGUCUGGGCGACGUUGUGGUGGUCAGGGGGAUUUACUUAGCGGCUCACUAGCCACCUUCUUUUAUUGGGCGUUACAAUCGAACCAAUCCAAUCCAGCGUAUUUAGCCGCGUGUGCAGCCAGUCACUUGGUAAAGUUAUGCAAUGCUGCAGCAUUUCAAAAGUUUGGCCGCAGCAUGGUCGCUAGUGAUAUGAUAAAUGAAAUAUCAUCAGUUUUUAAGACUGCAUUUGAGAAUACAGAGUCUGAGUCAAUAUGAUUCAUAAAUUUGUCGCCAUACAAA